AUGCACAUCCUCGCAGUGCUCCUCUUCGGUGUCGUGUUCCCGGCAUGCGCGCGCUCGGAGAACCGCUUCCGCCGCCCGCCGGGCCCGGGUCCGGCGGGAGACUUCCGGGAUAACCCAGUCUACACACUCGGCGACAAUAUUGACUUGCAGUGGGAGAUGGACCUCAAGAACAUCGACCUGAUUUUGUGGCAGCAGCAGCCAACGGGGAAUAUCAAAGGUCCCUAUGCCAAGCUCGCAUCCAAUUCCACAGUCAAGAGCCUGCUCUGGACCGUAGGCUACGCAGGUUCUCCUUCAACAAUGAAUCCAGAUCUGAGCCAGGUCUACUUCCUUCAACUCUUCAAGACGGGACAAUCGGGCAGCAGCGCGACAUCUCACUACUUCAACAUCACCGAACCCGACAGCACAUCAACGUCAACAACACAACCCGCGACAGCCACCACAACAGCCCUCGCCCUCGCAUCAGAAACACCAACAUCAACCCCAGACUCCUCCCCAGCACAACCACCAACCCACCCCGCGGACGAAGACCAACUCUCAAGCACCGCAGUGGCAGGCAUCGCCGUCGGCGCGACGCUCGGCGCCCUCAUCCUCCUCGUCCUCCUCGCGGGGCUCGUCCGCAAAUACGUCAAGAGGAGGCGGGACAUGGCCGUCUAUACGGAGGGCGACAUCCUCGUCUACGCCGAGCGGCAGCUGCAGGCUAAAGACGAGGCCGCCGCGUGGAAGCUGGAGUUGCCGGCGCACAGCCGCGAGCGGUUCGAGGUGGAGGCGUGCGAGCUGAGGCACGAGAUGCCUGCUUAG